GGGACAGGGAGGUAGUAAUAAAAAUAAUAAAAAAAAGAGGCUUCAUGUUUUUGUUCUCAGAGAACAGUUGUGAAAAUUACUCUGAUGGUCCCAACACCCCUGGCAAGCCUGAGGUCAGUAAAUCUUAGUAAAAUCACAGAACAUAAAACGUCUAAUUUGUUAAACAUGGACAUUACUACAGAAGAUGACACAUACAUAUUUUCCCCACCAUGUACGGACAGCUUGCAGUAUCUGAACGGCACAAUUUUGGUUGUGGUCUACAUCAUAGUCUUCUGUCUCAGCUUAAUGGGGAACACCGUGGUGAUAUUUGUGGUAUUUUUCAUGGAAAAUCACAGGGCGUCUACUGACAUUUACCUGAUGCACCUGGCCAUUGCUGACUUGCUCUUUUCAUUGACUCUCCCAUUCUGGGCGGCUAACCUUCACGCCAGCCAUUGGCCGUUCGGUACCGUUAUGUGCAAACUGGUAUCCGGCGUGCAGGAAGCUACUUUUUACUGUUGCGUAUUCCUCCUGGCAUGCAUUAGUAUCGAUCGCUACCUUGCCAUCGUUAAAGCGACCCAAUUUCUCUCCCGACAGCGCCACCUAGUGGGCGCAGUGUGCGCAGCGGUGUGGCUGUGUGCCAUUCUGUUGUCCCUGCCCAUCGUGGUGCAUCGCGAAGCGUUUGUGCCUAAUGGCAUGAAUGACGUCUACAUAUGUCAUGAGAAUCUAAGCGCAGACACCAUUGAUGAUUGGAGGGUGGGCUUGCGGAUUGUUCGCCACACCGUGGGAUUCUUCCUACCAUUGGCCGUUAUGAUCUUUGGUUACAGCUUUACUAUAUGUACACUCUGCCACUCGCGCAACAACCAAAAGCAGAAGGCGAUGCGUGUCAUAUUGAGCGUCGUUCUGGCUUUUGUGAUCUGCUGGCUGCCCAAUAACAUCACCGAGCUUCUCGACACCCUGAUGCGAGGCAACUGGAUGACGGAAACAUGCGAGCUGAGGGAUAGUUUGGAUGUGGCGUUGUAUGUCACACAGGCUGUGGCCUUCACCCACUGUGCCAUAAACCCCAUUCUGUAUGCUUUUAUUGGCAAGAAAUUCCGCAACCAGCUCCUCAUGUCUCUCUUCAAGAAAGGCCUGUUGGGAAGAGAAACGCUGUCAAAAUACAGAGUGGGAUCUGUGUAUAGCUCUGUAAGCUCCAGGCAAAUGUCAGUGACGCUGUAAUCAAAGUGACAUUCAUAGUGCAACUUCCUCUUAUAAGGGUAUAAAGAGCCUUUGUUUUCUGUUAAAUAAUAAUGAUUAGAUUUUCACUGAAUAACAUUUAAAUUUCAGUCUGUUUGUAACACAAAGCUAUAGUGAAAGCUGCAUUGGAAUUCAGUGCAUGAGUUGUAUUGUCUGCUGUAUAUCAUCCCACAUAUUACACAGCUACCUAGAAAAUAAAUAAACAAAUGGACAUGAAAUAUUCUUUUGCUUUGAAAUUGUGUUAUUGUGUGAGAGGAAAGACAUUGCGGCGCCACAUGAAACAGCUGAAUUCCACCUCCGGUUUGGGUCGGAGUUCUGUUUAUAUUGCGAAACUAUAUUGCUCAGUAUCCCACUUAUUACAAGACUACUUGCCAGAUAUAUAUAAAUGGACAUGAAACAUUAAUUUAAGUUGAAAUUAUUUCAUUAACUUCCUUGUAGAGAUCACAGAAUAAUCCGAAAUGUUGGAAAGAUGACUUGCACUACCUGGACGACCGGAUUAUUAGGAAUUGUCCUCUCAUGUUAUAUUAUCAAAAUUAAUCAUAUUUCAUGUGCUGAAGCAAUUCACCAAUGAUGAUCAAUAACUUUAGACUCAGACUGCCUCAUUCAGCAAUGCCUCAUACACUGGUGCCUGAUUGAAGGCUAUAAAUAUUUUUAUUAAUAAUAUGAAACCGUGUUCUGCAUUAUUUUUUAUUAGAGAAUACAUGUUUGUCCUUGUAACAGCAUGAUAUGCAUGUGCUCUCAACAUUUAACCGUAUUAUAAAUCCAUAGAGCUCUAUGGUCUAUUAAGCUGUUAGUUUUCAUUUAUCUUCACAAUAUAUUUUUAUUGUAUUUAUGUGUCUUUUGAUUUUACUUGGUGAAAUUAUCAUCAAUCUGCAUACCUCCCCUGACAUGCCUCCCCAGGGUGGUGCCUCCCAGUUUGAAAAUCAUGGGAAAAUCAUGGGAAAAUCUGGAAUAGAGCAUUCCAGAGAGCUGUGUAAUAAAAACUGUUGUUGUGUGGAAAUGAGCUUAGUAAAGAUUCUUCAAAAUGUCAGAAAUAGCAGCUUACAGGUUUAGAAUGACAUUAGUAUGAGGAAAUAAUGACAGAUUAUUAUUUUUGAGUGAAAUAUUCCAUUAAGACAUUUGCUUUAUGCUUUCUAUGUAAAAUACUGUAAAGCAAUCUCUGUUACAGGGUAUUAUAGCAAAACAUAUGUAUUUACAAGCUUUUGUAUCUUGUGUUUUAAGUAUCUUUAACUGUAACCUUUUGAUGAUAACAAUCUUUUAAGGUUUUUUUUUGUGUGUGACUCAGACUGCAGUCUUUGAAAGCUGUAGGCUUGUAUGUCAAAAUUAUCUACGAAAACAACCUGUCAUUUUGUAGUGUUUUCAGGUUCUGUCAGCAUGAUUAAAUAACACACGUAGAUUAUUUUAUUUUUAUGUGCACUUUUCAUCCAGAUUUUUUUUUUUUUUUUGCAAUGUACAUGUAUUGAGAUUUUUUGUUAGUUGCAUACAUUUGCUUCAAGACAUUAGUGCUAUAUUUUUUUCUUCCUCCAAAAAAAUAUCAAAAGCAAACUGUAAUGUUUUCACUCUGC